AUGGCAUCUAUUCUAUCUGCACAUGAAAUCGGAAAAGGACUCCCCGUUGUGAUCAUCCAUGGAUGCCAGAUGGAAGGAAGAGUCGAGGAGCCAGACUUUGAGCCAAUAUUCACCAAAACAGCGGGGUUUCACCGCAUUUACGCGGACCUCCCAGGCAUGGGCACAACGCCUGCGAACAACGCCAAGGAUCUGAACGAUAUCUACCUUCGGCUGGAUAUCAUGCGCGAUCUCAAUGCUUUCAGGCCGUUAGUUGCAAACGAGCAGCUUAUGUCCGAUGUAUCAGAUGAAGACAGGUCGCUUCUUGGAGAUCUUCUCGUUCAAACGCCUGCUUACGUCCAAGCUUUGGAGGCGAAAUACGAGAACGUUUAUCUCCCAGCAGAGAAAGCAGCAGAUGCCCAAGUGUUGGAUUCGAUCCGAGGAGAUUCGAUCCGAGGAGAUUCGAUCCGGUAUCAGUUAUCUUGCACCCUGGAUAAUGAAAGUGCUAAGUUCUUUGCACCCACUCUUAUUAUGUGGUGGGCAAGACGGGAGCGUGGGCUAUCGAGCCAGUCUUCGCUUGCUGGAGCUUUAUCCAAGAUCAACCUAUGCUGUUCUGGAUCGUGCUGGGCAUGA